GUCCGUAAUACGGAAGUAAGACGGCUCCCGAACAUUUAGAGUAACCGGAAGAUCGUAUGAUACCUGGUUUACCGUGUAAACUUUGUUUAUAGACAGCUUGAAAGACGGAGCUAGACAGGCUGACAUAGAGAAACGCCCGCGUUUUCCGGGUGAAACCCCUGUGAGUGAUGGCUGCCAACGGGAACAAUCUACAGAAAGCUAUUGACCUUGCCAGCAAGGCAUCUCAAGAAGACAAAGCAAAGAACUAUGAAGAAGCUCUUCGUUUAUACCAGCAUUCUGUGCAGUAUUUUCUCCAUGUGGUUAAAUAUGAUGCACAAGGAGAAAAGGCUAAAGCGAGCAUCAGAGCAAAGUGCAUAGAAUACCUGGACAGAGCAGAGCAGCUGAAAGCAUACCUAAAGAAAAAAGAAAAAGCUCCUGCAAAGCCAGUCAAAGAAGGAGCACCUAGAUCUGCUGAUGACAAAGGAAAUGAGAGUGAUGAAGAUUCAGAAGAUCCUGAAAAAAAGAAAUUACAGAGUCAGCUGCAAGGUGCCAUUGUGAUGGAGAAACCAAACGUGAAAUGGAGUGAUGUUGCUGGGUUAGAAGGAGCAAAGGAAGCUCUUAAGGAGGCUGUAAUCUUACCAAUAAAAUUUCCACAUCUGUUCACAGGCAAGAGGACUCCUUGGAGAGGAAUACUUUUGUUUGGACCUCCAGGGACAGGGAAAUCCUAUCUAGCCAAGGCUGUAGCAACAGAGGCAAAUAAUUCCACAUUCUUCUCAAUAUCCUCGUCUGACCUCGUUUCAAAAUGGUUAGGAGAAAGUGAGAAAUUGGUGAAAAACUUAUUUCAGCUUGCCAGGGAACACAAGCCAUCAAUUAUCUUCAUUGAUGAAAUUGACUCCCUUUGUGGGUCAAGAAGUGAGAAUGAAAGUGAGGCUGCUCGACGGAUUAAAACAGAGUUUUUGGUUCAGAUGCAAGGUGUUGGAGUGGAUAAUGAAGGCAUUUUGGUUUUGGGUGCUACAAAUAUACCAUGGGUUCUAGACUCUGCCAUCCGCAGACGGUUUGAGAAACGAAUUUACAUUCCUCUGCCUGAAGAGCAUGCAAGAGCAGCUAUGUUUAAACUCCACCUCGGGACAACACCACAUAGCCUUUCAGAACCAGACUUCAGAGACCUUGGGAAGAAGACUAAUGGAUAUUCUGGGGCUGAUAUUAGCAUAAUAGUCAGAGAUGCCCUGAUGCAACCCGUCAGGAAAGUUCAAUCAGCCACACAUUUCAAAAGGGUAAAAGGGAAAUCUCCUCUUGAUCCAAAUGUUACACGGGAUGAUCUGCUUACCCCAUGCUCACCUGGUGAUCCAAAUGCUGUUGAAAUGACCUGGAUGGAUGUUCCUGGGGACAAGUUAUUCGAGCCAGUUGUAUGCAUGUCUGACAUGUUAAAGUCACUGGCUCACACAAAACCAACUGUGAAUGAUGAAGACCUUACAAAAUUAAAGAAAUUUACAGAAGACUUUGGACAGGAAGGAUAAAAAGCAAAAACCAUGCAGGGCAAUUUUGAUGAGAAUUCCUUCUGUUGCUUAGGCAUUCUUGCCUCAGUAUAGAUGGCACACCAAAUCAUUGCCAAUAUUGCAUAUCUCAAGUAAUGUGUAUGUAAAUGCCUUUUUUUCACAGCUCUUGUAAUUUCCACAAACCAUAGAUUUCUGCUAGUACUUACUGUCAAUAUCACUACAAUGUGCAGUAUGACAUGAAUAUAUCGCUAGGAUUUUCCAUGUCAAAGUGAGAAUUAUUAGCAAUAAUACACUAUUCUAUGGAAUUUGACUAAAAUGUUUGCUUUCUAAAAGUAUGAAUUGCUGGUAAUUCUGCAGGCCUCCAGAUCACUUGAGGCCUGAUGGUCUGAACAGUAUCUUGAAACCUACAGUAAAUAUUCUAAAUGUUGGGAUCUACAGUGACAUAACUGGUGUUCAGUUGCUUUCUCCUGCAUUCUGGAAGUAAAAAUAAUACAUUGUUAUAUAGCGUGUAAUAAAAACCCCUUUUUUAAAUAAAUUAUAUUGAGUAGUUCUUUUCUUCCAAAUCGGGUACCACAAAUCUCCCAAUUGUAUUUUUUAUUAUGUACAUAUGUUACAUACGUUACAUACUGUUUGAGAAAAGUUUACUUUUGCAUUUAUAAGUCUGCCAAUCACACAUGCAAAUAUAAUAUCAAUAUAUAUAUAUAUAUAUAUAUAACAAAGCAAGAGGGAGAACAGCUGAAAUCUAUCUUAUAGCACUGCAGAUGUUUUAGUCCUUGUCUUUUACAUUGUAAAUGCAAAAAGAGCAAAAAAAAAAAAAA